AUGGAUAACGAAAAUAACGAAAGUGAAAUUUUUGAUGACGAACCUACAUUGGACUUGGAUCUCAAUGCUCUACAACAGCUUGCUUCCAGUCGCUUAGACAGACAUUGUGUUCACACUCUAAAAUUCGCUAGUGAAGUUGUGACUAUGAAGUAUGUCGCUCAAAACACCAGUAUCAAAGUGCCAGAAAUAUAUGAUUGGGAUUGCACCGUGCAUAAUCCCAUAAAAAUCCCUUACAUUCUCAUGGAACGGAUACCUGGACAACACUUAUAUCGAGUUUGGGAUGAGUUAACGGUUGAAAAAAAGAAGUGUGUUUUAAGCCAAAUUGUCGACACGUUGCUCGAAUUAUGGACGAAAUGCCAGUUUGAAGAGAUCGGAUGUCUUUACAUGAACUUUAUGGAUUCAACUUUUCGAAUAGGACCUAUUGUGGAUCCUGUAUUUUAUAUUGAGGGAAGAAAUGCCAUUCCUAGUUUCACCAGCCCUUUUAGAAGCAUGCAGGAAUUAUUUGACGCCUUGAUUCAAAAAGAAAAAAAAUUCUUCAAGAUUCAUGUUAUGCAAGAACUUAUGAAAAAGAAGAAGAUAAAUCAGAUAACGGAAGUGGUAAAUCUAAUAAAACAAAUGGCCUCACUUCAAUCCAAGUUAUUCAAACCUUUUGAUAAAUCGAUAGAUCAAAAACCCUUUGUUCUUGUUCAUGGUGAUUUUGAUGCGCAAAACAUACUUAUUGAGCGUUCAGUUAAUGAUGAAAUUAAAAUUGUAGAAGUGGAAGAACCAUUCAGAGUUCUCAACAAUUUGGAGUUGCAAGAGAGUCGUGAAAAGCAGAAGCUAAGAGAAUUUUUCCAUGGUGAAAUGGAUAUGUUUACUUAUAUGGUUCACAGUUUCAUAGGUUUACAAGGCUUGCUAGAAUCGUUCUUCUAUCGUUAUAGGCCAGAGUUAACCAACGUCCAUUUUGAUGAUCCUAUUCCAUCUAAAAGAGUUAUUAUGUAUUUGUUAUCAAAGGAUGAAUUAUUAUUAGAAAGAAUCAUGAAAGAAGUUUCUAUUGAUUACAUAGCAUCUGUCUAUUACGAACUUAAAUCUAACGAUUAUAAUUUUUCUUGGCAACAAGCUUCUACCAUAGCAUUUCAUAUGUGGAAAAAUGAAAGCAAGGAUGAUCCCACAAUUUAUGAAUAUAGCAACAUGAAUAUUUAUAAUAAUGUCAGUUUCGGUGAUUGUGAAAUAUCAAAUGUUUAA